GCCGGCUAUUACCCGGACCCGCCCCCUCGGCUCGCGAAAGCGGCCUCUGCGGGAGCGGUGGGUGUUGUACACAAUCAUCAUGGCGGCGGCCGGGGCCCCGGAUGGCAUGGAGGAACCUGGCAUGGACACGGAGGCCGAGACGGUGGCGGCCGAGGCGUCCGCGCGGCCUCUCAACUGCGUAGAGGCUAAAGCCGCGGCGGGGGCGGCGGCCGAGGACUCUUGCGCCGCGCGAGACAGCCUGCAGCCAGCCCCGGCCCAGCCCCCUGGGGACCCCGCGGCCCAGGCCUCGGUCAGCAACGGCGAAGACGCGGGCGGCGGCGCGGGCAGGGAGCUCGUAGACCUGAAGAUCAUCUGGAACAAGACCAAACACGACGUGAAGUUCCCCCUAGACAGCACAGGCUCUGAGCUAAAACAGAAGAUUCACUCGAUUACAGGUCUCCCGCCUGCCAUGCAGAAAGUCAUGUAUAAGGGACUCGUCCCUGAGGAUAAGACAUUGAGAGAAAUAAAAGUGACCAGCGGGGCCAAGAUCAUGGUGGUCGGCUCCACAAUAAAUGAUGUUUUAGCAGUGAACACACCCAAAGAUGCCACACAGCAGGACUCAAAGGCUGAAGAAAACAAGAAGGAGCCUCUCUGCAGGCAGAAGCAACACAGGAAAGUGUUGGAUAAAGGAAAACCCGAAGAUGUGAUGCCAUCAGUCAAGGGUGCCCAGGAGCGCCUGCCAACGGUACCCUUAUCCGGCAUGUACAAUAAGUCUGGAGGGAAAGUGAGACUCACCUUUAAGCUAGAACAAGACCAGCUGUGGAUUGGCACUAAAGAGCGGACUGAGAAAUUGCCCAUGGGCUCCAUUAAAAAUGUGGUCAGUGAACCUAUCGAAGGACACGAAGACUACCACAUGAUGGCGUUUCAGUUGGGCCCCACGGAAGCCUCUUACUACUGGGUGUACUGGGUUCCAACUCAAUAUGUGGAUGCAAUCAAAGACACUGUGCUGGGGAAAUGGCAGUAUUUUUGAAAGCACUUUCACCUCUGGCCCAGGAGACUGACCCAAAGUGAAGGACAUUGCUGGGAGAGGCCUGCAGCAUCCCUGGAUUUCAGAGUUCUGGAACUUUGUUCAAAAAACAAUCUAUAUCCAAUCUAAGGUGAUGUGGCGACUGAAGCCAGAGGUGAUGUACUUUCACCAUUAGCUUAAUUUUAACUUAAAAAUCACCGGUUCCCUUUUCUUGCAGUCAGCUUCAUACCAUUUUUAAAGUCAAUAUGGUGGAAAUCAAUAAAUCUGAAUUCCGAACGUA